GAUUCGCAAGACAUCUCGAACCUGCUUAACAAUAGCAUGGAGAUCAGCGCGGACGAGGAGGAGAAUCCUUUCCUAGGCCGUCCUACUGCUGACAAGAGCAAGGGCAAAGGGAAAGCGAAGGAAGUGGACGUUCCGCGUAUCGAUAAAGGCAAAGGGAAAGCGAGGGAAGUCGACGUUCACUCUCCUCGUCUCGACAAGGGCAAAGGAAAAGCCACAGACCCACCUCCGCCGGACUCAAGACCGAAAACAACCAGACCCAGGCCCCGUGCCAGUGGCUCAGACGGCGGCGACGCAGGCGAAACUAUGGUGGUCGACGACGACUACAACAACGACGAUGAUGAUGAUGCACGGCCGUCGAAACGUCGCAAGCUGAAAGGCAAAGGCCGACCCCCUGGGCCUCUCCGUUUUCGGUGGACCGCGGGCUCGUUCUGGACGAAUCCGAAGAUGUGGUACGCGCGUGGGGAUAUCAUCCUUCUCUGCGAGGGGAUGGGCUUUCGUGUCGAGCGGAGGCGGUUGUCGAUGAAGGGGAAGUCGGAGGUGUGGGAUGAUGUGUUGAUGUCGUCGGGUACGGGGGAGUAUGUGGAAGGGUGUGAGGUUGUAAGGUUGGAGGAUGGGUCGAAGGAGAUGUACCAUAUGUUGAGGGCUUUGUUCAAUAAGAGCUACAUACGAGAAUCUCGCAAGGUCGAUGCACAUAUCAUCUCUCUGCUACUCGACAUGUCUGAUAAAUACAUGAUCGACAUCAUCCGCCACGAUGCCAUCCACCGACUCGCCUCCGGCUUCCCAACGAAACUCGAGGACUACAAGCCCGUAGACACCCGUUCAGACACAUACAAGGUAGAACUCUUCCGGGCCGUCAACAUCGCGGAGGAGCACUCCAUCCCCAUUAUCCUCCCCAUCGCAUACUACUACUGCACCUUAAUGCCCACCGAGGAGCUCUUCGAGGGCGUGAGGGCGUACAACGGCGAAAUCGUCAAGCUGACGCCCUCCGCGCUGCGCACGACCAUGAUGUUCCGGGACGCAUUGUUGGCUGAUAAACGGAAGGAGAUGGACCUGCGGAGUAUGUAUAAACGCGCGGGUUGGGUGUGUCCGCACCAGGUGAAGAACAAGGAUCGACCGGUGGCGGGGGGUCCGUGUCUCGGGGCGGCAUGGGAGAUCGAGGAUUUUCGGAUCGUGCUUUUUUCGUACGAUCUCUUCAACGAGACUGUGCUCCAGCCGCGGCCGUGCCCCGAUGAUAAGGUGGCCCCGCAGCUGUGUGAGGCUUGUAAGGCGAGUAUUACGGAGGACGAGGAGCGGUUCAGGCGGACGAUCUGGAGCAGAUUGCCUGGGUAUUGCUUUAGGUUUGAUUGGGAGAACGUGAGGCAGCAGCAAGCAGAUGCGCAUGGCGCACAGGUUAUGUAGAGGUCACGUCUCUGUGCGAUUGGUUCAACUAUUAUUUCUUUUCAAUCUCUUCUCAACUAUGAACAUCCCUGACUGCACGCUGUAGAAUCUGCUUUGAAUGCUCAUCGGUCUCGUUCCUGCUUCACUUUACCCUUCGCGAAAUAUCUUUCCGAGUAUCCUCAGUUGACGCCCGGCUUUUGAUUUUUGAUGCAUU